AUGGACAAGAAGCAUUUCCUCGGUUUCCUUGUCGGAGAGGUGAUCGCCAUUGUUUGUAUCCUGCACCUGAUGCUGCCAUCUCCAUGCCAUUGUGGUGGCGUGCCGACAGGUCAAGAACUGUCCAUAAUGUUCAAUGGCCGCAGUGCAACUCAUGCUGGACCGAAGCUUGACAGGGCCGAUGACCAGCGGCUAUUGGAGCUUCUGGAGACAGCAUCCAUGGAGGACAAGACCAUCAUUGUGACCUUCACGAACGAGGCGUUCGCGGCUCCCGGUUCCCUCAUGGACCUCUUCCUGGAGAGCUUCCGCACGGGCGUGAAGACGGAGGCCCUGCUCAAGCACCUGCUCAUCGUUGCCGUCGACGCCAAGGCGUACGAGCGGUGCCGUCAGGUGCACCCGCUCUGCUACUCCUCCCUCGCCAUCAGCGACGGCACCGACUUCUCGUCGGAGCAGCCGUACAUGGCCAAGGACUACCUGGACAUGAUGUGGCGCCGCAACAGGUUCCAGGCCCGCAUCCUGGAGCUCGGCUUCAACUUCGUCUUCACGGACGUGGACAUCAUCUGGUUCCGCAACCCGCUGCUGCGCAUCCCGGUGGGCGCCGACAUCGCCAUGUCCAGCGACGUGUUCUACGGCGACAACCCCUACGACCUGAACAAGAACGCCAACGGCGGGUUCCUGUACGUGAAGUCGCGGCCGAGGACGAUCGCGUUCUACGGCGACUGGUACCAGGCGCGGGCCGCGGACCCGGGCGAGAACGAGCAGCUGCUCUUCGACAAGGUGAAGCGCGAGCUGGCGGCGCGGCACGGCGUGGUGGUGCAGUUCGUCGACACCGUCUACCUCGCCGGCUUCUGCCAGCCCACCAACGACUUCUACAAGGCGUGCACGUUCCACGGCAACUGCAUCCGCGGGCUGCAGACCAAGCAGGACAGUCUCCGCCGCGUCCUCAACGACUGGAAGCAGUUCAGGGCCAACAACACCGAGCUUAUGGACUGA